UCUAUCCCCUUCCCCUCAUUAAGGUUUAUUCACUAAAGUUGUGGUCUGGGCCUACUUGAAGGAGUUUAACAGGGACCACUGACCUGCAGCUCCUUGACGCGAGCCCGGCCAACGUGUCAUCGUCCAGGUCAAUUGUCCAACCUCAAUCAUGCGCUUUGUUUCCUGGUCACUGGGCAGCGAGUAUUCUGGGAUCAUGGCUCCCUCCUCAUUACAUCAAAACAAUAGCAAGGUUUCCAAGGAAUUAAGAAACCGCCAAAAUGGUGAUUUUUUGCACAGUAAAAUAUUGUGGAAGUCAGGGUAAGCGUGAGAGACAUCGUACCCAACUUCAGAAUUCCAAAAGUGAAGUGAGAUGAAGGUACAGAGCAGCAAGAGCUGGAGGGACAACAGCAGCUAAAGCGCUUGGUGAACAUUGGCCGUGCAGAUAUCGAAAUUGAAAAUAUUGGGAAUUAUCGCGUUUGCUCACUGCAUUUCAUCAAAGGUAAGGCAAUAUUUGUGUUUUUUCUUGAUUCCCCUGGUAUCAAAAAAGUUUCAGAAGUGAUCAAUUUGGCUGUAAAAUUUUAAAAUCGCCCGUGGUUGUGAAGUGGGUUUUUACAUGCAAAAAGAAACUCUUCUGAAGCUUAAUUUAGCAUUAAAAAAAUCUCUAGACUUACGAGUGGUGCGUGGAAAAAUAACUUUUCUAUCAUUAUGCUAUUGAGAUGUAUAUUUUGGCAAAUAAUAAAAUGUCCUGACAGCUUAAACACCCACUCUCUUUCAAUAGGAUAUUGUCAAUUUGCUGAGGUUGAUUAUGUUUAAUUAACAGCUAACAAUUAUGCCAUUCCUUGGCUUGCAUCUGAGUAAAAUGUAAUUCAAAACCCACGUAUGGUUAGUCCAUGUACGAGGUGUCGGACCCACGCCCUGCCAAGCCGCGCAAUCCGCAAUGACCAUACAGCAACUGGUCGAGGUAGCUGUGAUCCAGCAACCUUUUGCAGCCCUGAUUGCUGACUUCCCAGGGUUGCUCACGCCCCGGUUCGACGGGUCCGUGCCCCGUCAUGGCGUGGUCCAUCACUUUCCCACCGAGGGCCCACGCCUACUCUUCGAACGGCUGCACAAACACGGGUUGGUGAUCAACCCUGACAAGUGCCAGUUUGGAUUGCAUUCCAUUUCAUUCUUGGGUCACAACAUCACCUCCCACGGUGCACAGCCACUGCCCGAGAAAGUCGACGUUAUCCGUCGCUUCGCAAGGCCUCUAUCGGUCAAGGGUCUACAGGAGUUUAUCGGGAUGGUUAACUUCUACCACUGAUUCAUCCCGUCUGCAGCCGCCAUUGUGCGGCCGUUGUUCCAAUGCCUUGCCGGUAAGCCCAAGGACCAGGUCUGGUCCAAGGAGGCACAGAAGGCGUUCGAGGGGGCUAUGACCGCGUUGGCCAACGCCACUAUGCUGGAGCACCCUAGGGCGUCAGCCCAAACGGCUCUCACCGCGGACGCCUCCGACGUCGCGUUAGGCGCCGUCCUCGAGCAGCGUGAAGGUAGUCGCUGGGUGCCACUGGCAUUUUUCAGCAGGCGGCUGCAAGCCCCCGAAGUUAAGUACGGCGCUUUCGACCGGGAACUCCUCGCACUCUACCUAGCGAUCUGCCAUUUUUGUUAUUUCCUGGAGGGGCGCGCGUUCACCGCAUUCACAGAUCACAAGCCACUAACGUUCACUUUGACCAAGGUAUCUGACCCCUGGUCUGCCAGACAGCAGCGGCACCUCGCUUGCAUUUCCGAAUUCACGUCCGAAAUUCCCACUUCCCGGCAUGGUUUGUCUUUGGUGCAUGUACCUACUAUGUUACGGGAUUGUGCUCAUGUUUUACUUCGUAGAGAUGCUCAACGCUCGCCGUUCCAGCGGGUGUACGAGGGUCCGUACAAGGUGCUCAGUACUGGUGUCUCGACGUUCAUGUUGGACCUGGGUGGCAAGGAGGAGUUCGUCUCCGUGAGCCAUCUUAAACCAGCACACGUUGACGAGGAUAGCCCAGUGACAGUGGCUACUCCACGGUGUAGAGGACGUCCACCUGUUGUUUUACCGCCCUCUGCACCUGUUAACCCCGGUUAUGUUUCUCCGGCCCCCCCCCCCUUUGUUACGCCCGUCCCUCGUUCGUGUUUUUCGUGCCCCUCCGGUCCUGUUUUACAGGUCCCUAUUGUUACGUUCGCCCCACGACCUCGAACCACACGUUCCGGUCGAACCGUCCGUUUACCCGUGCGUUUCCGUUACCGCGGAUUCUGGGGGGGGCCGUGUAGCGGCGCCUGCUAGCGCACGCAGAUAUCGAACCCGGCAUUCGGAAGCCGCGAUCACGUGACUCGGGAGUGGCCGCUUGUUUCGCGCGGUUUUUGCUUGCGCACGUUAGUUCAGCGCUGACCACCGAUGUGGGCAGACGUGUCUGAAGAACCUGUAAACUGGAAAUCGAACUUUUGAAUAAAGAUCUGUUGGAAACCCCAGUUGUCAUUCUUCAGACGUUCGCCAAAAGAGGAUGGUUUUAUUGGAUCUUUUGUAGGCAUGAAAUAAUUAGAUUGACUGGUGUAUCUAAAUAGAAGCUUUAAGCAUGGUUAGAGUCACAUGCUGCAGGCAGGCAGGCAGGCAGAUGUUUUAAUUUAUGACAUGCAUGAAUCCUGAAAUCUGGAGCACAGAAGUAUUUUCCAUUUCACCUGAUUUGUGAAAAUGAUUAUAUUAAAUUGUAAGAAUACAAUACAAUACAAUACAAUUUAUUUGUCAUUUGAACCCCAUUGCGGCUCAAAUGAAAUGUUGUUUCUGCAGUCAUACACACAAAAAAGAACCAAGGCACAACACAAUUUACACAAACAUCCAUCACAGCGCAUCUCCUCCUCGCUGUGAUGGAAGGCAAAGACUUAUCUCUCCCCUGCACUUCCCAUUCCCCUCCCGAUGUCAGAGUCAAAGUCAAAGCCCCCGGCGGGCGAUGGCAAUUGUCCCGCGGCCAUUAACGCCGCGCCGGGUGAUGCAAGGCCGCGCUCCGAGUCUUGGCGUUGGAGCCCCCGGCCGGCGUUAGCAAAGUCCCGCAGCCAUUCCAAGCCACGCCGGGUGAUGAUGUUAGGCCCCGCUCCACGUACUCUUCGACCCCGCAACUCGGGCGGGUGAAGUCGCCGUUGCGGAAGAAACACAAGAUAGAAUUUUGUUUAGGAAGCCAAAUUAAACCAGAGAUAGACACAAAAACCUGGAGUAACUGACAGGAUUUGCAGUUUCCUUUUGAGAAGAAGUGAAUACUGAUGAUAGAAACAUAGAAAAUAGGUGCAGGAGUAGGCCAUUCGGCCUUUCGAGCCUGCACUGCCAUUCAAUACGAUCAUGGCUGAUCAUUCAACUCAGUAUCCCAUACCUGCCUUCUCUCCGUACCCUCUGAUCCCUUUAGCCACAAGGGCCACAUCUAACUCCCUCUUAAAUAUAGCCAAUGAACUGGCCUCAACUACCACCUGUGGCAGUGAAUUCCACAGAUUCACCACUCUCUGUGUAAAAAAUGAUUUUCUCAUCUCAGUCCUAAAAGACUUCCCUCUUAUCCUUAAACUGUGACCACUAGUUCUGGACUUCCCCAACAUCGGGAAUAAUCUUCCUGCAUCUAGCCUGUCCAACCCCUUAAGAAUUUUGUAAGUUUCUAUAAGAUCCCCCUCAAUCUUCUAAAUUCUAGCGAGUACAAGCCGAGUCUAUCCAAUCUUUCUUCAUAUGAAAGUCCUGCCAUCCCAGGAAUCAGUCUGGUGAACCGUCUCUGCACUCCCUCUAUGGCAAUAAUGUCCUUCCUCAGAUUUGGAGACCAAAACUGUACGCAAUACUCCAGGUGUGGUCUCACCAAGACCCUGUACAACUGCAGUAGAACCUCUCUGCUCCUAUACUCAAAUCCUUUUGCAAUGAAAGCUAACAUACCAUUCGCUUUCUUUACUGCCUGCUGCACCUGCAUGCCUACCUUCAAUGACUGGUGUACCAUGACACCCAGGUCUCGCUGCAUCUCCCCCUUUCCCAAUCGGCCACCAUUUAGAUAAUAGUCUGCUUUCCUGUUUUUGCCACCAAAAUGGAUAACCUCACAUUUACCCACAUUAUACUGCAUCUGCCAAACAUUUGCCCACUCACCCAGCCUAUCCAAGUCACCCUGCAGUCUCCUAGCAUCCUCCUCACAGCUAACACUGCCCCCCAGCUUAGUGUCAUCCGCAAACUUGGAGAUAUUGCCUUCAAUUCCCUCAUCCAGAUCAUUAAUAUAUAUUGUAAAUAGCUGGGGUCCCAGUACUGAGCCUUGGGGUACCCCACUAGUCAUUGGCACCUGGAUAUGCAGGGAAUGGAGGGGCAUGGGUCACGUGCAGGCAGUGGAGAUUAAUUUAUCUUGGCAUCAUGUUCGGCACAGACAUUGUGAGCCAUGGGGCCAUAAUGGUCUUUGAUCUAUUCCUUUAUUUUAGUCAGUCAACUUUAGCUUAACAACAGCAACUUUGAGGUUGAUUUGGCAACAUUCAAAUCAGUAACGUUGGUAAAAGUGUGUCGGCCAUCUGAUUCGCUUUCAAAGACAACUUGUGCAAAUUAAUUUUAAACCAUGUAUAACCAGAUUUUUAAUUAUGUAAUUUAUAUGGGAUACAUAAUCACAUGGCACCUCUGAACCUACCUAUGCAACAUAACCGCAGCAGGGCUCCUGGUAAAUCCUCCUCUUCGAUCAGUAGUAGUACAACCAUUGAAGGGGCGGGAAUCUGAAGCUCAAUUAGCCGAUUGAUAUUACUGUAUAGACUGCAGGAGGAUGAAAGAAUCUGGAAUGAGUACAUAUUGUAAUUUAGCGUUAGUGAUUCAUCAGUGGAAGUCUCACCUCACUAUUACCACCAUCUUUUGUACAGGGCAAAGAGAUUGUGUAAACUGAGGUAUCCUCCAUGACUCGCGGAAUUCAGCUCCUGACGACUUUGGGGUGUGGGAGUAAACUGGAGAACCCGGAGAAAACCCAGCGAGGCCAUGGGGGGGGGGGGGGGAAGGAAGGAGCCAAGGCCGUGCAGCCAGCACAUGUAGCCAGGAUCGAACCCGCA